AUGGUCUUCCUCCUAAAACACACAAAAUCACAAUCUGUGCGAAUCUCGCUCUUGUUCAAAUCUCAACGGUUGCUUCCAGUAGUACCACCUCAGUCUACACCAAUUACAAUAUCUAGAAAGUAUAUUCACUCUACAAUGUCGAAGGGGUCACCAUACGACGCCAAAAUUACUUCAGUCGAGAAACUUGAAUCCGGAAAAUGGAUCCAAACUAGAAAAAUCAACUACACUGACCCCACAGGAAAGCUGAGAGAAUGGGAAAUGGCAGUUAGAACCACCCGUACUGAAACCACGGGAAUUGAUGCCGUUUCAAUAUUGGCUUUCCUCAAGUACCCCGGCGCUUCCACUAAUAGGACAGAAAUUGUCCUAACCAAGCAGUUCAGGCCCCCAACUGGUAAGGUGGUAAUCGAGCUACCUGCAGGACUCAUUGACCCUGAGGAGUCAGUCGAGAGUACCGCUACCAGAGAACUCUACGAGGAGACCGGGUAUGUGGGCAAAUUCAUCAAAUCAUCGUCGGUAGACGACAAGAUCGGGGUUUUCAGCGAUCCCGGGUUGACCAACGCCAACAUGGACCUAGCAAUAUUGGAUGUAGACAUGAGUCUUGCCGAGAAUAAGAAUCCCGUUGCGAAAUUGGAAGAUGGUGAGUUCAUCGAUGUAUUCACAGUGCAAACUGACAAAUUACUAGAAGAAUUGAAGAGAUUGGCUAGAGAAGAGGGGUGUGUGGUUGAUGCGAGAUUGUACCACUUGGCCAUUGGAAUUGACCUUGCCCAGUAG